GGUAAUCAUUCCUUAGUGUAAAAUAAUUAAAACAAUCGUUUUACUAAGAUAAUCUGGUGAAGGCGAUAAGGACGCGAGGUUUGCCAGUCGCACUGUUCACGUCCAAAGCGCUAACGCCAACGCAGUUUAUAUUUCACUGUAGUGUACAGAACAUAAUGUACGUUACUGAUUACUGUUGAUUAUCGAUAGAAACGUUAAAAUGGUGCUGUGUCCUCCGUUCCGGAUAAAUACCAAAGGUGGUUUCAAUCUCAACAAGGUACAACGGACCCGCCCCGCCCGGCCGACACGACGUGAGACUAUUGCAGUAUUACCUGAAGCUCUUGGAGAAUUUUCACCAAGAAAUGAUAGCGAAAUUUCAAAUGGAUAUUCCAUUACACCGGUUAAAAAUAACAGUUUAUCUUUAGAUGUAAGCAUAAAUGAUACAGAACAUAACAGAGACAUAAAGAUACAAAGUAGCGCGAGUACGAGUAGAAAAUCCAGCAUAAAAGACUCCGACAUAUCUGACAAUGAAAUACUUGACGAUCGUAAAAGUAGCGCCGGCCGAAAGACUAUAUCGGAAUUGGUUAGAAUCGCUCCCAAUAAGCAUGCUGCCAAAAGGAGGGCGGUUAUACCACCACCAAUUCAAAUUGACACAACAGAUUUGCAGUACGAAAAAUAUGAGAAGGAUCAAAGUUCAGCUACACAAAUCAGCAAUGCCAUUAUGAUGAAUGAUUUCUUACGGAACUUGAUGGACGUCGAGCGUUUAACAGCAGUGGUAGAGGCAAUGAGUCCACAAGAAUUCUCUCCUGGUAGUUUAAUCAUACGCGAAGGCGAAAGUGGCAGUCACCUAUAUGUCUCCGCUCAUGGACAGUUCGAAGUCCUCAAAGGCGGGCAAGUUGUCAAGACAUUUGGGGCAGGAGAGGCAUUUGGAGAACUUGCUAUUUUAUACAAAGCGAAACGUUUCGCUUCCAUACGAUGUAUUGCUGAGUCGAAGGUGUGGAUGUUGGAAAGGCGAGUUUUCCAGAAGAUAAUGGUUCGCAGCGGACGGCAGGAACAAGAAGAUAACGUUAGGUUCCUGUCUUCUGUGCCAUUACUUCAGGGUAUACAUCCGAUAGAGCUGGCCAAUAUUUCUGGUUUCUUGAAAAGGGAAUUUUUCUCAUCCGGCACCCCAGUGGUGCGGCAAGGCGAACGCGGGGACAAAUUCUACAUCAUCCGCGGAGGUACCGUGGCUGUAACUAAACGUGACGGUGAUGUCGAACAGCGUGUUGGAACGCUACGCAGAGGUGAUUAUUUUGGUGAACAAGCGUUGCUGCAUGAAGACCGGAGGCUUGCUACCGUCACUGCAUUGCCGCCUGGUGUUGAAUGCUUGACCUUAGAACGAGGGCCGUUCUCAGAAUUUCUUGGUGAUUUGGAUGAGCUGAAAAAGAAACGCCACGUCGUGCCGGGCCCCAGUGAACGGAGCAAGACAUCACAAGUUAAAAGUGAAUUUGAGUAUGUGGAACUCAAGGAUCUGGAGAUAGUCGGCACAUUGGGCGUGGGUGGAUUCGGGCGUGUAGAGCUGGUACAAUAUAAGAAAGACAAAACCAUUACCUUCGCACUCAAGUGUCUAAAGAAAAUCGAGAUGGUGCAGCAGCAACAGCAAGAGCAUGCCUACAACGAGAAGCACAUCAUGAUGGUGUGCGACAGUCCGUUUCUAUGCAAGUUGUAUCGCACAUUCAAAGACAACAAGUACAUCUACUUCCUGAUGGAGCCCGUUCUUGGUGGAGACGUAUGGACUAUACUGCAGAAGCAAAGGUGCUUCCCUGAAGUGGUGGCUAGAUUCAUGACCGCCUGCGUUGUCGAGGCCUUCCAAUACCUUCAUUCUAAAAACAUAAUCUAUCGUGAUCUCAAGCCGGAAAAUUUGAUGCUCGACAAACAUGGAUAUAUCAAACUGGUUGAUUUUGGAUUUGCAAAACGCAUAUCGCCAAAUAGUAAAACGUGGACAUUCGCGGGCACGCCUGAAUAUGUUGCCCCUGAAAUUGUUCUCAAUAAGGGUCACGAUCGCGCAGUCGACUGCUGGGCUCUAGGUGUAUUUAUUCACGAGCUGAUAGUGGGCAAGCCGCCAUUCCGUGCUCCCGGCAAUGACCACAUGAAGACAUACACAUUGAUAUUGCAGGGCAUAGACGCAGUGGUAUUCCAUCGACGGGUUUCGAACUCAGCCAAAAUUCUGAUCCGCAAGUUAUGCCGCGCAAUACCAGCGGAACGGCUUGGCUACCUCAAAAACGGAAUGGGUGAUGUGAAAAAUCAAAAAUGGUUCCUCGGAUUUGAUUGGGAGGCUUUACGCGAAAGGAAGUUAAAACCUCCACUGGUCCAACCGGUAGCCAAUGAUUGGGACCUGUCCAACUUCGAAAAAUACCCAAAGGACAAAUUGCCACCCGACGAAACCUCUGGAUGGGACUUCGAUUUCUGAUUCCUAUUGUGUUACUUUUUAAGAAUGUAACUUAAAAGUUAGUAGAAUAUUUUCGUUUUAUCAUUUAAAUUUUAUAAGCGAAUUAAUUUUAACACUUUGUGUGCCAGUAAAGAUGUUUUUUACUAAAGAAAUUGCCCAUUAUCUUUUGAUAUUAAUUUGAUUAUUUCUAGAAUGUUUUAUCAUAUUCUAAUAAAAACUAUGAUUUCCUAUAUCGUAUUUAUUGUUAGUAGAAAAAAAAAUGUAAAUAUUUUAUGUUAUAAUUUUUACUUUAAAAUCUGUAACCAUUUUUACUUUAAAACUGGUAGUUGUAAUUUCUCUAUGCCAUUGUUUGAUAAUAAAUCAUAAGAUGUACAUUGUUAUUAAAAGUUUUGUAUUAUUUUAUUACUACGAGUAUCAGAGUUUAGAAAAAAGGUAAAUAAAUUUAUAAAAACCUUUACAAAGGUAAUUUUAAUGCUAAAAGUCUUUCAUCUAAAGUAUUUAUUUAUUUAUUUGUCAAAAAACUCGUGCAUGCAAAAAAAAAUACAUCAUCAAGCGCGCACAAAAGCCCUUUGGGGUUUAUCAGUGGAGUUCAGAUACUAACAUUCUAAAGUUAUUACAAUAUUUUUUUUAAGUAAAUAAGGUAGUUAGAUAAAGCUAUUUUAUUAUUCAACAAUGCAAUUGACAGAAAGUAUACCAAGCAAACUCAAUUAAUCUUACUUAGCAAUAGAUAAGAACAGAAAUUUAUAUAAUGUAAUCAUUAUUACUUUUAUCAAGAAGGUAUUUUCUUGAUUUUUUUUUUAUAUUAGGCAUUUUUGUAACUUUCUCAAUGUCUCAGGUCGAGUAUAGGCAAUCAAUUUAUUGAUAUUGUGAUGUUCAUCAAUCAAUAUGCCGAGCCUCACACUAUUAUAUAUUGGCAAGACCUCACAAUAUUUUAAUAAAUCUAAAUCAUUUAAAAAGCUUGUUUUUAUUUUUUUCGGAACCUAACCUUUUACCUUUAGUAAUUUUAACUGUA